AUGCACAUUAAUUGCAGCAUCAGAGAAUUGAUGUGGGCGUUGAUUGACAAUGUGACGGCGCAAGUCCUGCGUGCCACCCACGUUCCUCAUCCCCGUGCGAUCCUCUUGAAACUUCUCCGCUAUGAUUCAUCCCUCGCUAACAGCUGUUUAGAUAUCGCAAAUAAAACUCCUAUCUCGUCUCGGCGCUCGGAAAGUAUUGAUUUACCAUAA